CUUCCGCGCGCUGCCCCGGAUGUUGUUGCCGCGGCGGCGGCCGCAGGACGGGCACGGGCGCGGCGCUGCUCCAGAUCCCCUCCCAAGAACCGCGCACCGCCCGGCCGGGGGGCGCGGCGUGACGUCAGCACGGUGACGUAACACCAGCCCCCCGCUUCCCCGGCUCGGGGGGGGCGGCGGCGGCGGCGAAACCCCCCCAGAACCCCCACCCCCCCCCGGGACCCGCCCCAACAUGGCGGCGGCGGCGGGGGGCGGGGCCUCGCCGGGGGGCGGGGGCGGGGCCGCGCUGGAGGAGGAGUGCGAGGUUGUGCGCGUGCGCGUCAAGAAGAACGAGGGGCAGCAGCCGCCCGAGUUCCGCUCGUUCGCCGUGGACCCGCAGAUCACAUCGCUGGACGUGCUGCAGCACAUCCUGGCCCGGGCGUUCGACCUGCAGGGGAAGAAAAGCUUCGUUCUGAGCUUCGCAGCGCAGAACGGGCAGGGCCAGGACACCUUUGUGCCUCUGCUGAGCGAUGGCGACCUGGCCAACGCCUUCACCUGCGCCCGGCCCACCCUGAGGCUGCGCCUGGACGUCAGGAACCCCCCUGAGAGCCCGCUGCUGGAGGACUGGGACAUCAUCAGCCCGCGGGAGGUGGCGGCGGCGGAGCCGGUGCCCGAGCGCCGCUCGCUGCUGGCGGCGGCCCUGCCCUUCACCCAGGCGCUGCUGGCACAGGUGGGCCGGACGCUGGCGCGGGCACAGGCGGCUUUGGCGUGGCCUGAGGGGACCCCGGCCGUGUCCCCGCCCCCUCCCCCGCCCCCACCCUGCGCCCCCCUGAGCGAUGCUGACCUGAGGGCGUACCUGGGCCCAGGUGGGCGCCUGCUGCGGCCCCAGGACCUGCGGCUGCACGUCUUCCACGGCGGCGUUGAGCCCGGCCUGCGCAAGGUGGUGUGGCGGUACCUGCUGAACGUGUUCCCCGCCGGCCUGACGGGCCAGGAGCGGCUGUCGCACCUGCGGCUGAAGGCGGCCGAGUACUCGGCGCUGAAGGUGUCGCUGGCGGCGCGCGCGGCGCCGGCCGAGCUGGCGCAGGUGGCGGCGGCGGUGCGCAAGGACGUGGUGCGCACGGACCGCGCCCACCCGUACUUCGGCGGCCCCGAGGAGGGCCACCCUCACCUGGCGGCGCUGCAGGCGCUGCUGACCACCUUCGCGCUGGGCCACCCGCGCCUCUCCUACUGCCAGGGCAUGUCGGACGUGGCGGCGCCGCUGCUGGCCGUGCUGGACGACGAGGCGCAGGCCUUCCUGUGCUUCUGCGCGCUGAUGCGCCGCCUGGCGCCGCGCUUCCGCCCCGGCGGCCGCGGGCUGGCCCGCGCCUUCGCGCACCUGCGGCGGCUGCUGCGGCGCGCCGACCCCCCGUUCUGGGCCUUCCUGGCGGCGCGCGGCGCGCACGACCUGCUCUUCUGCUACCGCUGGCUGCUGCUGGAGCUGAAGCGCGAGUUCGCCUUCGAGGACGCGCUGACGGUGCUGGAGGUCACCUGGAGCUCGCUGCCCCCCGCGCCGCCCCCGCCCCCCGAGGGGGUCCCGCUGCUCGGAGCCCCCCUGGGCGCCCGCAGCGCCGGACGGGCGCUGAGGGAGCGCCGGGGGCUGCGGCCGCGGCCGCCCCGCAGGAGGAGGAGGAGGAGGAGGAGCGUGGAGGAGGAGGAACGCGGAGGAGAAGGUGCCGGAGGGGCCGCGGAGGGCUCUGGUGGUGGCUUUGGGGGUCUCAAGGGUUCCAGUGAUGGUCCUGAGGGUCCCAAGAGCUCCAGUGAUGUCCCAGGUGGUCCCACGAGCUCCAGUGGUAGCCCUGAGGGUCUCAAGACUUCCAGCGAUGGCCCUGAGGGUCCCAAGAGCUCUGGAGAUGUCCCCAACAGUCCCAAGAGCUCCAGCGAGCUCUUUGAGAGCCCCAAGAGCUUCAGCGAUGUGCUGGAAGGUUCCGAGGGCAUCCAGGAGGGUCCCAACAGCUCCAGUGAUGUCCCCAACUAUCUCAGGGACAGCCAGAAAGGACCCAGGAGCUUUAAGAGUGUUCAGGAAGGUCUUGAGAGCUCCAGCAAUGUCCCCAAAGGUCACAAGAGCUCCAGGAAAGUCCAGGGGAGAACCCCCAGGGGUGCUGGAGGAGCCCCCGAGGGCUCCAAGGACUCGGAGCCAGGGGGCCCCAGGAAGGUGGAGGAAGGCACCGACGCCCUGGAGAUGGACCAGAGACCCCGCAGCCUCUGCUGGGGGGCUGGAGAAGACCCCAGAAAAGGACAGGAUGACCCCAGAGAGGGACAUGAUCCAAGAGAAGGACGAGAUGACCACAGAAAAGGACGAGGUGGCCCCAAAAAGGGACUGGGUGACCCGAGAGAAGAACCAGAUGACCCCGGGACGAAUCGUGGUGACCCCAGAGAGGGCGAUGACGAUCUCAGAGAAGGACACAACUUGGGAGAAGGCCAAAACAGCCCCAGGGAUGCCCACCAUGACCCCAGGGAUGCCCACCAUGACCCCAGGGAUGCCCACCAUGGCUUCAAGGAUGGCCGUGAUGACCCCAAGGAAAGAUGUGAUGACCCCAGACAUGGCCGUGAUGACCUCAAGGAUGACCACCACGACCCCAGGGGCAGACAGGAUGACCUCAAACACGGCCACGACGGCGCCAAGGACGGACGUGACGACAUCAAGCAGGGCCACGAUGACCUCAAGGACGACCACCGUGCCGCCAAGACCACCCACAACAACCCAAAAACCCCCGAAGACCCUUGGGGCGGCCGUUGGGCUUGGGAAGAGCCUUCCUCCUCCUCCUCCUCCUCGUGCUCCUCGGGCUCGUCCUCCUCGGACGAGGAGGUGGCGGUGGAGGACGACGGGGCGCCGCUGCCGCCGCCGGAGGAGCUGGGCCAGGGGAACCCGUUCCUGCUGUUCGUGUGCCUGGCCAUGCUGCUGGAGCAGCGCGAGGCCGUCAUGGCGCGGGCCGGCGACUACAACGAGGUGGCCAUGCACUUCGACCGCCUGGUGCGCCGCCACCACCUGCCGCGCGUCCUGCGCCGCGCCAAGGCGCUCUUCGCCCGCUACCUGGAGGGGUGGGGCGCCGCCGCGCCGGGGGGACCCCAAACCGGACCCCCCUCGGGGUAGGGGUGCCUCAGGAGCCCCACUGGGGUCCGGGGUGUGGGGCAGAGAGGGCGGGGAACAUCAAGGCCACCGCAGGGAGGUCUGUAGGACGAGGUGGUGACCCCAUAGAAUAUCUCAGAGUGGUCCUGAGGGGCCCCAAAGUCACUGCAGGUCUGUAGGACGAGGUGGUGACUGUAGAACAUCUCCAGGAGGUCCUGAGGUCACUCCAGGGGCAUUUGGUCAUUGUCAGGGUCUGUAGGAGGACGUGGGGACACCCUAAAACGUCACCCUGAGGUCACCUUGGGGACUCUGGUCACUGUCAGCAUCUGUGGGACACUGUGGGGACACUGUGGGGACAGCACAGACCCCACAUGGGGCCAGGUGGGUCCUUUUGGAGACCCCAAGGUCACCACAGGGACCCCAAGGCCACCACGGGGACCCCAAGGUCACCAUGGGGACCCCAAGGUCACCAUGGGGACCCCAAGGUCACCCUGGGGUCAGCAGGGACCCCCCAGAGCUCCCCAUGACCCCCCCAUGGCAGCAGAGACCCCUCCCAGUAUGAACCAGCAUGAACCAGCACAGCCCAGUGCCUCCCUGCUGGGUUCUGCACCACCGUGGGACAUCCCAGUAUGAACCAGUAGGAACCAGUAAGAACCAGUGCAACAUCUGGGCUGGGAACUCCUACAUCUGCAUUGCCUUGGGCCGGACCAGUACAGACCAGUAUGGACCAGUAUGGAGCAAGAGGGGGCUGGGAGCCCAACUGGGAGCCCCACGUGCAUCACCUGGUGCCGGACCAGUACAGACCAGUACGGACCAGUAUGGACCAGUGCCUUGCCAUGGCCUUCAGCCAUCCCAGCACGCACCAGUAUGGACCAGUAUGGACCAGUCCGGCAGCCAAACUGGGAGCUCUUCACCGGUGUGGCCUUGCGUCCUCCCAGCAUGGACCAGUAUGGACCAGUACAGACCAGUAUGGACCGGUAGGGUGCCCCCACUGCUGUGUUGAUGCCCAUAGGCCUUCUCCCAGUAUGGACCAGUACAAACCAGUUCCUGCCUCCCACCCUGGGUGCCUUCUCCCCUCCCCCCCUUAUUUAUUGCCCCUCCCCCUCCGGCCGGGGGGUCCUGGGGGGGUCCCAGAGGUGCCGGAAUCGCCAAUAAACGAUGCCUGUUA